AGCUGACUCAGUCAAUUACACAGUCAUACUUUUAACUUGUCUCUUUGCCACUGAUCUACAGUGUACCUAGAUAUGUUAAGGAUAUUGCUGGCAGUCUUUGUUCUGUUCUCUUCAGUGAGACACUCAGUCUCUUACCGUCCAGUGAUUGUGAUGCACGGUGUACUAGCCGGAGCAUCUGACAUGGACUCGUUUGUUAGUAUGAUCAAGACAGCUCACCCUGGUACCGAGGUGACUGAUAUCAGUGAUUACAAUGACGCUAAUAGUCUUGUUAAUAUGAAUGAUCAAGUUAAAGGAGUUUAUUCAAAGAUGAAACCUGUAAUGGAUGCAGCUAAAGAUGGAGUAAACCUUGUCUGCUACUCACAAGGUGGUCUCGUUUGUCGUGGUGUCCUUGAGAAGUAUGGUCAUAAUGUCCAUACAUUCAUAUCCCUCUCUAGCCCUCAGGCUGGCCAAUUUGGAGAUACAGAUUAUCUUAAUUUCUUAUUUCCAACUUUCACAAGGGACAAUAUAUACUUGUUUUUUUAUACUGAUGCUGGCCAAGAGAUAUCAGUAGGAAACUACUGGAAUGACCCGUUCCAUCAUUCUGACUAUUUGUCGAAAAACAAGUUCCUUCCCUCCAUAACUAACAAUGCACCACAAGAAUACAAGGAUAACAUAUUGAAACUGCAGCAGGUGGUAUUUAUCGGUGGACCUGACGAUGGAGUUAUCACACCAUGGCAAUCAAGUCAUUUUGGUUUUUACAAGGAGAAGAGCGAUUCAGAAAUUGUUACCAUGACAGAGCAAGAGUACUACACUAAUGACGUAAUAGGACUCCAAACACUCAACAAUGCCGGUAAAAUUAAAGUGUACGAGAUACCAGGAGUUGAGCACACUCACUGGCACACCAAUCAGACCGUGUUUAAUGAUGCCAUCAUACAGUGGCUGGACUAGCACUGAACUCUGUGUGUUGUAUUUUAUCACUUUAAAGCUAAAUUUGUUACACGUUUCAUAGUUUUUGUCACAUUUCAUUUAUUCUUUUUCUUUAUUUUAUUUUUUAUUAGCUAAAGUAUCUGCAGUUUAAAAAAA